GCGCGUUCCAGGGCGAGCGGUCGGGACCCGCGCCGAGCUGCGAUUGGAUGCGCCGCGUCAGGCACCCGCCAGAAAUACAAAAGCGCUGGGAAGGGGAGGGGGCCGUUCUUGCUAGUCGAAGGCUUUGGCUUUAUUCUGUCUCCCCGUCUCCUCCCCACUCUAUACCGGGGUUCUCUCGGCAGCUCGCCUCGGCUCGCACGCGCGGCCGAGAGUUGGCGCAAGCCUCACCGCUGCCACCUCGCGUGGGUCCCCGCCCAGCCUCUCUGCCUUCCCCUGCUCCCUCGGCUCCUGCCAUGGGGCCAAUUUGGGGCUCCUAAGAGUUGCUGCCUCUCGGCCACGCGCUCUCCGGCCAAAGUCUCCGGGAGAGUGAUAUGGCUUAGGGCGCAAAGGCGGGCAGCCUAGAACCAAAGGAAAGGGGAGGGGAAGGUCAAUUGUGGAAAAAGAAGCCAAACCAUGAGUUACCAAAAGAAGGACCGGGUGAGCACCCUGUGCCAGAAGGCGCUGCACAUCAUCAACGAGCUGUGUUUCGCCGGCCGGGUGGAGAGGGAGAAGUGCUCGGGCAUCAUCUCCUCGGAGAGGAGCAGCCAGGGCGCCGGCAGCACAGAUGUUUCGGUCAGCUUGUUAGCAGUUGUUGUCAGCUUUUGUGGCCUGGCUCUGCUGGUUGUCUCCCUUUUUGUCUUCUGGAAGCUGUGCUGGCCUUGCUGGAAGAGCAAACCCAUGACUUCCAACAUCAGUACUCUCCCCCAGAGCACCAUCAGUGCUCCUACUGAAGUGUUCGAGACUGAAGAGAAAAAGGAGGUCAAAGAAAAUGGAAAGCCAGCACUAAAAGCUAUUGAACCUGCAAUAAAAAUCAGUCACACUUCCCCCGAUAUCCCAGCAGAAGUCCAGACUGCUUUAAAAGAACAUUUAAUUAAACAUGCACGUGUGCAAAGACAAACGACUGAGCCUACAUCUUCUUCCCGCCACAAUUCCUUCAGGAGACACCUGCCAAGGCAAAUGCAGGUUUCCAGCGUUGACUUCAGCAUGGGCACAGAACCCGUCUUACAGAGAGGAGAAACCACCACCAGCAUUGGGAGGAUCAAACCAGAGCUCUACAAACAGAAAUCGGUUGACUCAGAGGGCAACAGGAAGGAAGACGUCAAAAUCUGUGGGAAACUUAACUUUACCCUCCAGUAUGAUUAUGAAAAUGAACUUCUGGUUGUUAAAAUGAUCAAAGCCUUAGACCUUCCUGCUAAAGACUUCACAGGAACCUCUGACCCUUACGUGAAGAUGUACCUUCUUCCAGAUAGGAAAAAGAAAUUUCAGACCCGUGUGCACAGAAAGACUUUGAACCCCGUGUUUGAUGAAACGUUUCAGUUUCCUGUAGCAUAUGAUCAACUAAGCAACCGAAAACUACAUUUCAGUAUAUAUGACUUUGACAGAUUUUCUAGACAUGACAUGAUUGGAGAAGUGAUUCUGGAGAAUUUGUUCGAUGUCUCUGAUCUCUCCAGGGAAGCCGUGGUGUGGAAAGACAUUCAUUGUGCUACCACAGAAAGUGUAGACCUGGGUGAAAUCAUGUUUUCCCUUUGUUAUUUGCCAACUGCUGGGCGUAUGACAUUGACGGUCAUCAAGUGCAGAAAUCUGAAGGCUAUGGAUAUUACUGGCGCAUCAGAUCCUUAUGUCAAAGUAUCUCUGAUGUGUGAGGGUCGAAGACUAAAAAAGAGGAAAACAACUACAAAGAAAAACACUCUGAACCCUGUGUACAACGAGGCCAUUAUUUUCGACAUACCCCCGGAGAAUGUGGAGCAGGUCAGCCUCUCCAUCGCAGUCAUGGAUUACGAUAGGGUCGGACACAAUGAGGUCAUCGGAGUGUGCAGAACAGGACUGGACGCUGAGGGUCUUGGGAGAGACCACUGGAAUGAAAUGCUGGCCUAUCACCGGAAACCAAUAACACACUGGCACCCCUUGCAGGAGUUACCUGGCCGGGCAACCAGUUUUGAUAGUCAAGGAUCCUGUUCCUCUCCCAAACCACCUCCCACACCAUAAUGCCUCCAGAAUAAGACUGCUGUAGUAAGGACUCGGGACCAUGUGCUCAUCAGAUCAAAAAAAAAAAGUAGAAGGCUUGACUUCCGGAUUUAAAAUAUGUCCUGGUAAUGAGCAAACUUGAUGUGCAAUUUUGCAUUUCCUUUUUUGGACAUCUUGAUACAUUUUCCUUCAAAACAAAACAUGGUCCUUUACUUCCAUGAGGCGUUUUAUUCUUCUCGUCAUAUACCUAUUAGCACAGAAUGUUUUAUUAAGUUGUAAUUCUUUGCAUAAGCAAAGAAAUACCUUUUUUAAAAGAAUCCAUACCUAUCUAAAAUUUAGUAUAGUUUAUGCUGCCAUUGUAUAAACUAGCAUAUGUCACAUAUGUGUGGUUUUGGUUUUGUUACAACUAUGUUCAUUUCUCGUUAUGCACAUGUUUCUACGUAAACCUUAAGGAAAUGUUGAAUUUAAU